UCGGCCAUCGCUCGGGCCGCCACGCCGGGUUCGCGACGUCCUCACAUACCGGUUAGAUUUAGUGCCACCUCACUGUACAUCUAUCACUUGUAUACAUUUGUUCGUUCGCACGAUGUCCGUUGUUUCGGUUCAUUUCUCACAUCCAUAUACGGUACCAACACGAUCGCGCAAAGUUAGUGCUACUUCAAUCCCACGCGAAGUACGUAAAAAUUGUUGCAUCCAGCAUCGAAUUUUGUCUCGUGUCUCCCAUGGCUUUCGAUACGAGUUGGGACGUUGAGAAGUAUCAUGUGCCUUAUGAAUCAGAGGAGCAUUGGCUCCUCAAAAAACAAUUCAUAGAAGCGCACAAAGAAAAAUAUCCAGAAGAGAGACUUAUUUGCCUCGCGCAAUGUUUUUUCAAUAUUGAAUUCAUGGGUACCAGGUACCCGGACAAAGUUAUGAAAUUGGUAGAAGAACUCUCUGUAGAGGUAGCCGCUGAACACAGAGAGAAGCAAAAAACCAAAUUACAGAGAACGUUUGUAAAGGCUUCUGAUGCUGCUGAGGCCAAAGUGAAGAAAUCCUCCAAACGUCCCAGCGAUUCAAAUUAUCCUGACAGCAAGCGAAAAAAAAACGAAGCCCCGCAGUUCAAACAGGGGUCAAAUCAAGGUCAUGUUUCCUACAGUGCAGAAGUUGUUCCACCAAAGCCCAAAGGUCAAUUCAGCCAUAUUAUAUUAUUUCAAUAUGGGGCCAACACUAAUCCUAAAGCUGUGAUCAAAACUAGUCUAGACAAAGCCAAGAGGUCUCUAGAUGUAGAUUUCAAAAAGGAAAAUAAUAUGUGGGUGUGUACAUUGAAAAUUGACCAAAACCAAUUAUCGGUGGGCAAAGAUGCUGUGAAGAAAGAUGCUGAAACCUUAGCGUUUCAAAAUGGAUAUGCAAGAUUACUAUCGGAGUGUUAUAGUAUCCAAGUUACCAGCAAAGAUAUUGAAUCUGUCAUCAAAGGUAACGAGAGAGUACAAAAAGCUGAAAUUGUGUCCGAAGAUGGGAAACAUCCUGACACAAAACUAGCACAGGAUAAUGUUGGAAUGAAACUAAUGAAAAUGAUGGGUUGGACAGGAGGUGGCCUGGGCAAAAAUGAACAGGGAAUAGAAGAGCCUGUCCUAGUUUCAACCAAAGUCACAAGGUCAGGACUUGGAUCCUUGGAUUCCAAAAUGUUGAUGCAAAAAUUGAAAGAUUUGCUCGAUGAAUUUAGAUCUGGGGAUGAAAGUAUCAUGGCAUUUUCAUCGGAUUUCCUCUCGGAGGAAAGAGCUUUUAUUCAUCAAUUUGCUCGGAGGCACGGAUUUGUUUCUAAGAGUUAUGGGAAAAAUGAAAACCGAUAUAUCACCAUCUCCAAGCAAUCUCCUUCCCUGAAAUUCAAUCCGUGGAACAUUGUGAAAACUUUAUACGCACUCGAAGGAAGAGAAUCUACCUUGGACUCAGCUCGUAACACGUUCAAACUGAUUUUGCCCACAUCUUUAAACCCCUAGACCUCAAACUCAACCAAUGCAGAGGAAUCUGUUCUGCUAUAACCAUAAUGCUGAUGCUCAUUGCAGGGCGGUACGCAGUAAGUAGAAAGUUCCUAUCUUACGAACAUGAAACUAAUGACUUACUUUAUGAAAGCGUUGCGAGUCAUCCUGAAAUAUGUUCCUACCACCAUCAAUGGGAUGUACAUGAUUGCAGAGGGUCCAUUUCUUACCAAUGAACGAGAAUGGUCGUCGCUUUGCGUAUCUUCUGUGUCUGCAUAUUUUGUACUUCUUGUAAUUUAGGCGGAAGAAUGGGGUUUUAUUUUGGGAGGGUGAGUGGCAUAGGUGAGUGACAUGUUGUGCACUAAAAUACUUGAGAUUGGCUAUCAAACGAUCCCACACAAAAUUGACUCAAUUCCCUUGUCAUGGAAAGGUAUUAAAAGGUAUUAGAAAUUGCAGAAAGGUAGAGUAAAUGUCAAGCAGUUUGCGUUUUAUUCAAGAAAUUUCAGGUUUCUAUAGCUGUUGAGCAGUCGAAUUUUGAUGAACAUAUUAUUGCAAUUGAUUUCAAUCAUUCAAGUCAAGCACUAUUAAAUACUAUUUAAUUCAUUAAUCCAAAUCAAAGUGGGUAAUUUCAUUCAAUGUGAUUUAUAGUAUAUGGUUGCCACAGUCAGAAAAUAUCAGGGAUAAUGGCUGAAGUGUCUGGGGAAAAGUGUUAAGUCAACUUCAUUUGUGUUCAAGAACAGUUUUGACGUUUAAAACAAAUAAUUUUGCCUGAAUUCUAUUUCAAAUUAUGUUUGUUUAACCAUCUAGCAUAUCUUCAAUUGUAAGAGAAUUUUACCAAGAUGUGUCAGGGAAUUUCCUUUUUUAAAUUCUGCGGCAACCCUGACGCCAUACUAUUGUAGGUAGAAAGUUUCGCCACUGCCGUCGGUCAGUUUGUGUGUCAUGAACGAGAUUCAGUCAGAAACUAUUCUUAAAUGCAGACAAAAUUUUAUUUUGUCCAAUAUUUACUUCAAAUUUGAAGUCCCAGAUUAUAUUUUGUGCAUCAUUGGAUGUAGAGGAUUGUACCAAACGUUUGUGCAGAAAUAUAUUAAGACUGAAAAUAUAAUCAACAAGAUAUGGAUAAAAUAAGCAAAUAGAUUAAAAACGACAGACCACUUAAUUUCAUUGUACCACAUCAUAAGGGGCCUCUAGACAAAGUAUGAAUUAAAGAACAGUGCUGCAUAUUUUCUCCUUAAAAUUUCACAAGGAAAAUGGAUCACACAAUGGGAAGUCUGAAAAUCAACUCUUGAACAAAAUAUAAGUGAUUUCUAUUAACAUUGAUUAAACGGCAAAAAUAC